AUGGAGGACAGCGAUGAAGAAGAUAACAUACAAGUAAUUGUGUUUGGAAAUUCAACCGAAGCCAAUUUUGAUGAUUUCUACAGGGAAACCGAAUUAAGCAAAGACGAAAACGAAGGGAACAAAAAUAAUCUGAACGGCAAUGCGUACGCGAGGAAGGAAGCGGAGAAUGAGGAACAGCAGGAUGUCAAUUUGGAAACACAAGUACAAAUAGCUACAAAAGAAAAUAAGGUUUUCAUGAAAUAUGACUACACUCAUGAAAAGCCGUGGGCUCACCACGCAGACAAAAGUAUGUGGUUCAAUUAUAAUUUGGAUGAAAAUAGCUUCAAAGAUUGGGUACAAAAACAUAUUGAUAGGAGAAUAGAGCAACAACAAAAUUACCAAAUUGAAAAUGCCGAUAAUAUUUAUGAUGAUAAUUUAAAAACCAGUAUUUUCACUCAACCCCGUUUUGAGGAGGACUUACUAUAUUCGAAAAAUGUCAAAUACAGAAAUGCGCCAAAUAUGCAAAAUAUGCAUAAUGCUAAUAAUAUGAAAUACGCAAAAAACAUGAAAAAAAAAUUUUUAAAUAGCAAAAAUAGUAUGAUGAAUAAUUUUAACAAUAAAGACAAAUUGUCCAGUGUGGUAGAAGAGAGUUAUUUUAAUAAGCACCCGUUUAAGAAUGAAGACGGAUACAGAAUUAAUUUAAAUAAAAAUCCUCCCAAUGACCGUAAUACAAACAACAGGAACAAUUUUACUCAAAAUUAUGACCAUGUUCAUAAUAGUUACAAUCGUGGAAAUAGUGACAUUUACAUGUACAGUAACGGAGGUGCCAACAACAGUAAAUUAAAAAACGAAGAAACAGAGAACUUAGAACAAAACGAAGAUUUAACGCAAUUCCAAAAUUUCAUUAACUUUUUUAAGCAAAACCAGGAAAUUUAA